UACACACAUUUCCCAGCAAACAGAUAAAUUGAACUAAGCUUUGCUCUCUCUAUCUCUCUGGUUCUGUGGUUCUUUCAAAGCUCCAAUGGCUCGUAUAACAUUAUGCAGUCAGCUACUUCCAUCUCUCCUUGUUCCAGUGAGGCUGAGGAACCAUUAUCAGUUGAUGGGAGUCAUAGGGACUGGUUUAAGCAGAGGGCGGCGCUUCUCUGCUGCGUCCUCAUCCAAGAUAAGCAUGAGCCUCAAAGCUGGCAUCGUUGGCCUCCCUAAUGUCGGCAAGUCCACUCUUUUCAAUGCCGUUGUUGAGAAUGGUAAGGCUCAAGCUGCCAAUUUUCCAUUUUGCACGAUAGAGCCGAAUGUAGGAAUUGUCGCAGUUCCAGAUCCACGUCUCAGUGUACUUUCUGAUCUCAGCAAAUCUCAGCGAGCAGUCCCAGCAUCUAUAGAACUUGUAGAUAUUGCUGGCCUUGUCAAGGGUGCCAGUCAAGGGGAGGGUUUAGGGAAUAAAUUUUUAUCAAAUAUUCGCGAAGUGGACUCCAUACUUCAGGUUGUUCGCUGUUUUGAAGAUAAUGAUGUUGUUCAUGUGAAUGGGAAAGUUGAUCCUAAGGCGGAUAUUGAUGUCAUCAACCUAGAGCUUAUUUUCUCAGAUCUGGACCAGAUUGAGAAGAGAGUGGAGAAGCUCAAAAAAGGAAAGGCAAAGGACUCACAAACCAAAGUUAAGGAGGAAGCAGAAAGGUCUUCCUUAGAAAAAAUUCAGCAUGCACUAUUGGAUGGGAAACCAGCAAGAUCAGUCACUUUAACAGAUUUGGAAAAGGAUGCUGUAAAGCAUCUUUGCUUGCUUACAAUGAAACCGGUUAUAUAUGUUGCUAAUGUUGCAGAAUCUGAUCUAGCUGAACCUGGACAUAAUCCUCACGUCAAAGAAGUGAUGAAUAUUGCUCCUGAGUUGCAAUCUGGAGUAGUGACAAUUUCAGCACAGGUCGAGUCCGAGCUUACGGAACUACCAUAUGAAGAAAGAACAGAAUUUUUGGAAUCUCUUGGUGUUAGUGAAAGUGGUCUUGGGAACCUUAUCAGAGCAACAUAUGGCGUCUUGGGGCUCCGUACUUACUUUACUUCUGGAGAGAAGGAAACAAAAGCAUGGACCAUACUUGCAGGAAUGACUGCACCUCAAGCUGCUGGGGUCAUCCACUCUGACUUUGAGAAAGGUUUCAUUCGAGCUGAGACAGUGUCUUAUGAUGAUUUUGUUGCUGCUGGUUCACUUGCUGCAGCAAGGGAAAGAGGAGUUUUGAGAUCUGAGGGCAAAGAAUACAUUGUACAAGAAGGAGAUGUCAUGCUGUUUCGUUUUAACGUAUAAAAGCUCAUAUGGAAGCAGCUUAUCUUCCCAA